CAAAUCUUUAAUAAAAAUGUGAUCUUAUUACACAAAUGCUAUUCGAAUAGUGGCAUACCAAAUAAUUAUAUUAUUAACAAUUAUUCCACACUGAAUGACUUAGUUUGGAAUGUUCUCAAGGUCUUGCAUACCUGUUACUAAAGAGGCGGAUGACAUAUUUAACAUUCAAUUCUUACCGACGAAAAUUGAUAAAUUAGUGACUUGUUUUCUACACAUAAUGAUAAUUUGUUUGAACUCAUUGUUGAUUAAACUUAGUCUGAAUUUGUAUCGAAAUAGGCUAAAAUUUGCCAAUUACCUAGACUUUAUAAUGUAUGAAGUUAUACAUAUUGUAAUGGAAGUCGUCGAGAUAACUGAACACUAUUGUUACAUGAUGAUAAUUCAUAAUGUACUCAUUCUGAAGAUAUCUGGAGAAAUAAUAUUAGUAUUUUUUUUAAGAUUGAUAUUAAAUUAUUUAAUGAAAAUAACAACUAAUUCCUGUGCAUAUAAAAUUUUCCAUUUAAAUUUGAUAUUUGUUGUAUACCAAACUAGUCCAGUAAUAAUAACAAAAUUGUUAAAUAUAUUUUUUAAAGGAUCCUUUUCAAAUAUGUUGUGUACACAGAAUUUCAUUAAAGAUAACUAUACUAUAUCAACUUCUAAAGAGCUAAUAAGAGAAAAUAUUUAUCAAGGAUUUACAGCUUUCAGAAAAAUAAUGACUCUGGUUAUAUCUAGUUACUUAAGCAAUAGAAUUAUGUUAAUAUUGUGGUCCACUGAUAUUAUGUGUACGAAAAAUGUAUUUAUUAGAGCCAAAUGUAGCGGUCAUACAAAGAUUCAAAAUACUUUAAAAGCUUCAACAAUGGAGGCAAUUGUUACAAUAAUAUUUUUAGCUGUACAAUUAUUUUUUCGGGAUAUCAACAAAUGUUUUACCACUAAAUACUUAGUAAAAACGUCUAUAGUGAUGUCAUUCAAUAUGUUUGCGUUUAGAUAUGCCGGUGCUAUGAUGAAUCCUACCUAUGCUACAGCUGUCAUGUAUGGAUGUAAAGAUAUGAUUAACAAAGAACAUUUUAUUGUUUAUUGGCUAGGGCCGUUUAUCGGCGCUGCCGUGUUUAAAGAUAUAAUGAAGACUGUUCAAUUUUUAUACAAAAUAAUAAUGUCUCAAUUUGGAUUGUCUUGGAAAUUUCCAUGUCCCGAAUUAACAAAUAAUAAAAACCAAAGAAAAGAAUCGCUUAAUAUAAAUGACGAGCAAAAUUAUGUUUCGGAAUCAUUAAAAAAGGAAAUAGAACAGAUUUCAUUAAAGGAGCAAGAAAUUGAUAGAGUUAUCGAAAACUGUAAUGAAAGAUGUCAAGGAGAUCUAAUAAUGAGGGGAAUGGAAAAACUAUACGUAAAAAAAUGGGAAAAAGCCCGAAUAGAAUAUUUUAAAAUAAAACAUGUCUCAGAAGAGUUCGAACUUUCAAGACUUAUUGAAAAUACAAAACGUAGGAUGGAAACUGAGGAAAUGAUUGAUAAUGAAAGCUUAUCAUUCCUAAAACAUAGCAUUUUUGAACUAAAUGAACAGUUGAAAUAUUGGAAAUUAAAAUACGAUAAUGAUAUUGUGGAAAUAAAUGAAAAAUUAAAUAAGUUAUUACAACUUUUGAAAACCAAAAAACACGAAGAGAGUCUUAUUAGUUUUACAUUCUAUAAAAGGCAAGGCAUUAUUGAUGAAUACGAAAGAAUACAAAUACAAUUAGAACAAGAUAGGAAAAAUGCGGAACAUAAAGAAAAUAUGAUAAUUAAAAUUCAAGCUUGGUGGAGAGGUACUAUGGUCAGACGUAGAUUGGGGCCAUACAAACAAAUGUUAUCAUUAAGAAAAAAGAGUAUUAAAAAAAUGACAUCUAAAGGAAAAAAUCAUAAAAUGUAACAAUAAUAUUGGUUAUUUCAUAUAUAGAAACAAAGAGUAACAAAUUUGUUUUAAGUUAUAGUAAAGAAGUUUUCUAACUAUUUUUAAUUUGCAAAAAGGUAUACAUGAAUUGUAUAAAUAUAAAUAAUUAAA